CAGGCAGUGGAGAAUCAGCCCCAACACCCUCCUGCCAUCCAUGAGCCCAGAGACAGCAUGAAGACAUCACCUCCAAUGUCCCGUGUUUCUGGACCCAUGGAUGCAUGAUGGCCCAAGCAGCCCCACUACUACUGCUGCUGCCUAUUCUAUUAAUGGGUUCACAGGGACAAGUGACCCAAUUGAAGUACCAGGAGGGGCAGACACUCAGAGUGAUUUGUAGCUACGAACCCCAGACAGCUGAGAACAGGUGGAAAGCCUGGUGUAAAGUGAGAGAGAAUGGAAAAUCGUGUGAUAGACUGAUUACUGCAAAGUCAUUCUUAACUUGGGAACUUAAUGACCUACGAGUCUCCCUGAAGGAUGACCCCUCCUUUGGUACCAUCACCAUCACCAUGUCUAACCUCAAGGUGAAGGACUCAGGAAUCUAUCUGUGUGGAAUCUAUGACUCUGUCAACAACAUUAUUUAUGAUACCCGGACAAUCAGCUUAGAGAUUUCUUCAGCCACAACAUUGAAGACCACCAAGCUUUCUCGACCUAUCACUGAGACACCUCUUAGCACCAAACAUUCUCAAAGUACCACUGAGACACCUCUCAGCACCUCUGCCACCCCCUUGGCCACCAGCAGCCCACCACACUCUUCCAUUUUCUCCAGUUCCCUGGUUAUCCAAGUGCUAUGUGGGCUCAUCGUGACCAAAGGCCUAGUCUUCACAGCUCUGGUUGUUCUGCUGGGCAGGUGCAGGGGCCCAGGAAAAGGAAGGAGCCAAUUUGAGAUUUCUCAGGAUCAAAAUGACCUAAAAUGAAAUGAAUUCAUUUCAAUGUACCUCCCAACCUGAGGCUUGUUCCUGUCAUCCUGAACUUGGCCCAGGCUACAGGCACUAUGGGGAUUUCCCUAUCAGAACAGGGAAUCCAGCUGCCACCACCAUGUUGAUUCCCUGCCCAGAUUCUUGAAACUCUUUGCCUGCCCUUUCUGCUCUGAGUGGACCUCAGAGCUCCCCUCUUUUUUUCUCUUGUGAUGAGAAGCACCCCAUGUUUCUUCCUGACAUUCUUUUUGCUCUGUAUAUGGGUCAGUCUCUUUCCCUUGAGGCCUUCAAAUGGCUCCUCAUUGCAUUUGAUAUGAAAUUCAAAUUCCUGGUCCUCAAGAGCUUUCAUAUUGUGGCACUCAAUUAUUGAUCCUUUCUCACCAUUUCCCUGCAGAGACUCUCCCCUAUGGCCACUUUGGGUUCUUCACAUUCUCUGGAACAUCAUAUAAAACUCAAGUAUAAAUGGGGGCCAGUAACCUGUACAUAAGGAUCCCUGUAUGUUACAUUUGACUUAUAAAAAACACUU